AUGCCGCCGCCUCUACACCCUGACGACUACACCCUCGCCUGGCUAUGCGCUCUUCCCCGGGAGCUGGCCGCUGCCAAAGCCGUGCUGGACGAGACCUAUCCAGCCUUACCAGCAACGGCCCAUGACACCAACACCUACACGCUGGGCCGCAUUGGCCCACACCCCAUUGUGCUGGUGUGUCUGCCCACCGGCAUGACCGGCAUUGUCUCUGCCGCCGUGACCGUCACCCAGAUGCGUGUCGCCUUUCCCCGACUGACCCUUGGGGUGAUGGUCGGGGUGGGCGGCGGCGCCCCCAGUUCCGGGCACGAUAUCCGGCUGGGAGACGUCGUCGUGGGGAGUGACGGAUUUAUCAAGUAUGACCGGGGCAAAACUACCCAGGGAGGAGAGUUUCAAUACGGCGCAUCAGUGAUGCUCCCCCCGCCCAAGCUACUCUCGGUGAUCUCGCAACUGCAAGCGCAACCGGAACGACAUCGAGAGGAAUGGACCCAGUUGAUCCGUCAAGUGGCCCGCCAGAACCCCCGGUUUCAGCCACCAAGGGAAGAGGAUGAUGUGCUCUUCCAGACCAGUUACGACCACCCCGCCGGCUGGGAUACCUGCGAGCAUUGCGAUGCCGGUCGUCGCGUCUUGCGAGCUCCUCGUGGUGACAGCCAGCCCAGAGUGCACUAUGGGCGCAUCGGUUCAGCCGACCAGGUGAUGCGACAUGGGGACACCCGGGACCGAGUCGCGCGCCAAUGUGGAGUGAUCUGCUUCGAGAUGGAGGCGGCUGGGGUAUUGAAUGAAAGACUACCCUGUCUCAGCAUCCGGGGCAUCUGUGACUAUUCCGACAGCCACAAAAACAAGCAGUGGCAGGACUACGCCGCCAUGACGGCCGCCGUCUAUGCAAAGGAGGUACUGAACCUGCUGCCUCCGGCGUCACCGUCGGAGGCUUGCUUCCUGGUCCCGUUCGAACCCGUGCGCCAGCUGGUCGGACGCCACGAUGUUCUCGCUGAUAUACGUAGUCGAGUGGAGGAAAACCGGCCCGUCGUUCUCUAUGGUCUUGGAGGAGUUGGGAAAACGCAGGUGGCGGUGCACUUUUGCCACGAGUAUCGGCAACAGCACCCCAGUGCACAUGUUCUCUGGGUGGAUGCCAGCAGCCCAGCCCACUUUGACCACAGCUAUCGCCAGAUUGCGGCGGCUUUGCGAAUCCCCGGUCAUGAAGACCCCGGGUUUGAUGCCCUAGUCGAGACGCAUCGUCGACUAACAGCUGCGGAGUCCUUGCGAUGGUUAAUGGUGGUGGAUAACUUGGAUAACCGCGACGAAAUGGCAUCCCGAAUGCCCUUCCUCCCACGGGUGGCACGAUCCAAGGGAUCCUUGGUGGUGACGACGCGUACGAUGCAGGCCUGUCAGGACCUGCACGAUUGGGAUCCAGCACGCGAUGACGCCACUCAGGUCCUACCUCUGCCGCCUCACGAGUCGAUGAGCUUGCUAACAAUGCAUCUGAAACCAAACCAGAGAAGUAACGAGACGGAUGUUAUGACGCUUCUGGAAACACUGGAGUAUCUUCCUCUCGCCAUUACCCAGGCCAUCGCGUGGAUCAAGAUGAACGGAUCGACGGUGACGAAAUAUCUGGAGCGCCUGGGGUCCAGAUCGACAGGAAGACCCGGGAUCCUGGACGAAGAGUAUAAAGAUGUCUACCGCUAUGAUCACCUACCGCACUCGAUCUAUCGCACCUGGGAGCUUUCGCUGCGCCAGAUCUGGACGCAGGAAGCCUCAGCUGCUCAUUUAUUGGCCACCAUCGCAAUGUUUGACGCACAGCACGGUGUACCGAUGUGGCUGUUGGAGAAGGCCAGCAACGACGAGUUGGGGGCUAUUUCAGCCUUAGGGAGUCUCUCGUCCUGGUCACUUCUCGACUAUGGACCGAACGAGACUCUUAUCAUGCACCGCAUGGUGCGAGACGCGGUGCGGCACUUCCUGCACCAGCGCAAGGAACUUAGAAGAUACGAAGUAUCUGGACUGGCCCUACUCGUCCAGCACUUUCCGGCGCCGGACACCGACGACUGGCAGCGAUGCGAGGCCUUAGCCCCCCUUGCGGAAACGAUGCUGGCGAUGAUCGAUCCGCGUCGUGAGGACGAAACAAUCUGUGCGCACCGCGCCACUCUGCUGCACUUCCUCUCGGCAUAUGAGAACCACCGAGGACGAUACAAAGAAGCUCACUUCCACGUGAAGGAUGCAUGGCGAGCCCGCAGCGCUCGACUGGGCCCCGACCAUCUCGACACCGUCGCCUGUGAGGAACUUUUGGCACUCGUGCGGAUGAACCGGGGAAGGUACCGCAAGGCGUUGGAGACCCAGCGGAGCGUGCAUGCCAAACGACUCGAUGUCCAAGGCUACCAGGCCCCGGCGACCGUGGCCAGCCAGAAGCAGCUGGGCGAUGUCGAGUUGAAACUCGGCCGAUUCACCCGGGCCAUCGAGACGUACUCGGCGGCCUGCCGACAGAGCGAGUUGGCCCUGGGAGACCAACAUCGACAUACGCUGGAGCUCCGUCAUGUCCUGGCCGAGGCCUUUGAAUGGCAAAAGAACGCGGGGAAAGCCGAGCAGCUGUACCGGCGCGCCCUGGCGGGCAAGGAGGCGACAUUAGGGCCGAGUCAUCAUUCCACCGUCCAGACCCGCAUUGCGCUGGAUGCCCUCGUGGCCUCGCAGACCAGCGAUCCACACGCUGCCCUGGGUCGGUAUCGAGACAUGUGGCAAUUGAGCGCAGACACGUUCGGCGACACACAUCCAAACACGAUUGGUUUGCUGUGCAAUCAGGCGGCCUGGCACAAGGCGCAGGGGGCGUGGAGGGAGGCGGAGACGCUCCAGGAUCAGGCCUACCACCUCUUUUUGAACGCGCUGGGAGAGACUCAUCCUUCCACGCUCAUGUGCCUGUCUAACCUGGCCGUCCUCAAGCAGGAGCAGGGGAAAGCAGUGGAGGCCGAAGCCCUCCAUUUGGAAUUGCUCGGCCAGCGAACAGCCGUCCUGGGCCCGGAGCAUCCCCAUACCCUCGCCAGUAUGUACCAUUUUGCGGAGAUGAAACUUGAGCAGGGGGCCUAUGCCGAGGCCCACCCCAUCCUGGAGCGGGUGGUCACCAGUCAGGAGAUCGUGCUGGGCCCUGAUCACCCGACGACCCUCCGCAGCGUGAGCUCCCUGACAGAAUCACUUGAGGGGCUGCACCGAUAUGCCGAGUGUGAGCAGGUCUACCGAGGCUUGAUAGCACGCAAACGGCAAGUCCUGGGAUCGAGCCACCUCGACACGGUCGUCGAGAUACACAACCUGGCCGAGUUGUUGCGGGAGCAGAACCGGCUCGCGGAGGCGGAGGUGCUACAUCGUGAAGCCCUGCAGUUGAGCCCGGCUGACCGGCCGCGCAGUGUGACGACCCUGUUGAUCAUGGCUAACCUCGCACGGGUCCUGAUGCUACAACAGAAACGGGGCGAGGCGCGAGCGCUCUACCAAGGUGCGUUGGCAGACAUCCGACAACUCCCGGCUACCGCGGACUGGCGCAUCUCAAUCUUGAUGCAACGCAUGGAGAAGGAGCUUGGCGAGCUCUCGCUCCUCGGCCGACUGGCUGCUUGGGUUCCGCAGCCUAUGGCAGCGUUCUGGACCCCUGUGUACGACAGCUGGUCCUGGCUGAGGGGUGGCAGUGGUCCGGGAUAG